CAGCUCCACUUCAACAAGCUUAUACUCUAUUCUCUUGACACUCAGCCUCCAAGCAUCUAACGCUCGACGCUUAGCAUUACCACCUUGACCUUGACAAGAAACCUAACCAAGAUGCCUCUCUUCCACCGCAACUCCCUCUCCAGCUCGUCCGACCGCAGCAUCGACGACCCCAACACCCACAACUACUCGCACCGCUCCCAUCGCUCGCACCACUCCACCUCCCCGCGCUCCAGCCUCUCCUCCUCGUCCUCUUCCUCCCGCCGUCGCAGCAGCAGCCACAGCUACGGCCACCACAGUCACAGCCACAGCGGAAGCACCCACGGCCACUCGCGCUUCAGCUUCGGCAGCCGCCGCCACCAGGAAGACCCCUCCGUCCUCGCCGCCAAGGAGCAGGUCUCGCGCGCCGAGGCCGCCGAGCGUGAAGCCGACCGCGCGCUCCUGGCUUCCCGCCGGGCCGUACAAGAUGCCCGCGAGCAUGUGAGGCGUCUGGAUGAGGAGGCGCGCAUCGAAGCCCGCGCCGCAAAGAUGAAACAGGACCAGGUCAAGUCGAUUACGAAACGGGCCAAGCCGCUGGGACGUAAGUGAUUCGUUGCUGUGCUGUACACUUGGCUUGGAGGGUUGAGGUUUGGUGCUGAUGGACUGUGUGUGUGGUUUAGGGCAUGUUUGAGGGGGGUGUGCGAUGCGCUCCCGACGCUUGAUGUACUUGUACUAUUAUUGUCUGACUGUAGCUAUAUUGUCGGUUUUCUUAGCGUAGUUGGCUUGGUGCUUUUUGAGCG